AUGUGGCGCUUUCUGUCCGUGUGCGCGUGCCUCAGCGCGGUCCAGUCUGUCUUCGCCGAGGACGUCUUGAUCAGUGAGAGAAGACUGCAAAAGCGAUACAUUGACGCUGCGGGCAAUUGGAACCAGUCAUUCUUCCACAUCAAUGAUGUCCACGCUCAUUUGGACCAGUUUAGAUCAUCAGGAACUGAUUGCUCGGAUCCUAGCAGAGGGUGUUAUGGCGGCUACGCGAGAGUUUCGACGGUGAUCAACGAGCGAAGGCCUGUCCUUAACAGUAGUCUGUUUUUGAACGCCGGAGACGAAUUUCAAGGGACACUUUUCUAUAGCUACUACGGAGGCGAGAAGAUCGCAGAGACCAUCAAUCAGCUCGGCUUCGACGGCAUGACCCUGGGAAAUCAUGAAUUUGACGGCGGCGAUGACAUGCUUGGAGCUUUCCUGGAGAACCUCACGUUCCCCAUCAUCUCUGCCAACAUCCAGUCCGAUCACCCAACCCUUAACAAGACGAUUGUCCCAUUCCACAUCUACCCGCAAUUCAGCCUUGCAGUUAUUGGUGUGACAACUAUAGACGUUCCUAACAUAUCAUCUCCUGGCGAGGGAACCAUCUUCAAGGAUGUAGUCGAGAGCGUGCAAAGCACCAUCGWUCUCAUUCGAGGAACGACGAACAUCACGCGGAUUGCCGCCCUAACCCAUAUCGGAUAUGACCAGGWUCAGAUUCUGGCGCAGAGUACCACCGGCCUCCAUCUCAUCAUGGGUGGUCACAGUCAUACUCUUUUGGGCGACAUGGAAGGCGCAGAGGGCGACUACCMGACCAUUGUGCGCAAUCAGGAUGAUGAAGAAGUGUUCGUUGUGACAGCUUACCGUUGGGGCGAAUAUCUUGGGUACAUCGAUGUCACCUACGACAGUGAGGGUCGGAUUCUAGAAUAUAGAGGCGCACCGAUCCACCUUACCAACACCACCAAGCAAAAUACAACGCUUCAGGACCAGAUUGAGGAGUGGCGCGUUCCCUUCGAGGCAUUUGCCGCAGAAGUGAUCGGACAGUCUGAGGUGGCUCUCGACCAAAGCGAUUGCCAGGAGCAAGAGUGCCUGUUAGGCGAUUUCAUGGCAGACGCAAUGCUUGCCUAUCGUCGGAACAGCAGCGACGAUGUCGACUUCGCUUUGAUCAAUGCUGGCGGCAUUCGCGCAACCAUUGAUGAAGGAGACAUUACUCGCGGUGAGGUUCUCACCUCCUUUCCCUUCGGCAACUCCCUUGUCGAGAUUACGCUCAAUGGAUMAUACCUGUGGAGUGUACUCGAGGGCAUCAUGACCGGCGUAAACCAGGUCAACGGCGACGAAGUCACCUCUUUCCUUCAGGUUAGCCAGGGAAUCCAGAUCGAAUACAACCCCGAGAAUAGCAAUGGAAGCAAACUGGUCUCGGUCACAAUCGGCAACUCGAGCAUUGAUAAUGCUACAGACUACAACGUUGUGACUCUAGACUUUAUUGCGGGUGGCGGAGACAACUUCUUUUCGGAGGUGUUUGAAAACGUGGUGACGCUUGAUACCCAAKAUCAGGUUCUCGUCCAGUAUGUGGAAGCCCAGAGUCCUGUCAACGUUGAGCUCGAUGGCCGCAUUGCCAUUGUCAACGGAUCUGCGAAUACCACAGCCGGGAGUGAUGAAAAUGAGACCGAGGAUGAGAGCAACAAUGAGGAGAGCCCAACUUCAGCACCUGCAGAAGGUUCWGGUGCUGGUAAGGGACUAGGAGGCCUCGGCGGCUUGUUUGCCGCUGUUUUUGCUGGCAUCGCCAUCGUGUACCUUCACUAG